ACUCACCUUCUCUCACUCAAGGGUCCAAAAAGUGUUUUUCUCUUUUCUCUUUUUUGAGAGAAGAGAUGGGAAGGGCUCCUUGUUGUGAGAAGAUAGGACUCAAGAGAGGGAGAUGGACUGCCGAGGAAGAUGAGAUCCUCACUAACUAUAUCCAAACCAAUGGUGAAGGUUCUUGGCGGUCUUUGCCUAAGAAAGCUGGACUGUUGAGAUGUGGAAAGAGCUGUAGACUAAGGUGGAUAAACUAUUUGAGAAGGGACUUGAAAAGAGGAAAUAUUACAGCCGAGGAAGAAGAAACCAUCGUCAAGUUGCAUUCCCAUCUCGGCAACAGAUGGUCGCAUAUUGCAACACAUCUACCAGGAAGAACAGACAACGAAAUUAAAAACUAUUGGAACUCACAUCUCAGCCGCAAAAUCUACGCCUUCACUGCCGUCACCGGAGAUGAGCACAGUCUAAAGGUCGACGAUUUAGUCCUGAAUAAACCUCCUUCUUCUUCCUUGGAAGCCAAGAACACGAACAAGAUCAAGAAGAAGAAAGGAAGAACUAGUAGGUCAUCCAUGAAGAAACACAAGCAAAUGGUGACGGCCUCACAAUGUCUCCCACAACCUAAAGAGCUAGAGAGUGAGAUCAGUGAGGGAUGGAACAGCGGAAACUACGAAGGAAAGUCGUUGGGAGCGUAUGAGUGGUUGGAUGGUGAGAUAGAGCGGCUCAUGAGUAGUUUCGUCUGGGAAUGUACUAGUGAAGAGGCUGUGAUUAGCAUGAAUGAUGAUGACCCUGAUCAGAACAAGGUGUGUGAGAGCGGGGACAAUGUUAGUUGUUGUGUAGAUUUGUUUGAGGAAGAACAGGGAAAGCUUGGUAGCCUACAGGUUGAUCAAGACAUGAAUAUUGAAAAAGAAAGAGAAGAGAGUAUUUUGAGUUCGAAUUCAAAUGAAAGUGGUGACAAAGACUGGUGGGUUGGUCUGUGUGAUUCUUCAGAAGUUGGAUUUGGGAUUGAUGAUGAGUUGCUUGGUUGGGAGUUUCAAGGUGGUUUGACUUGUCAAAGUGAUGAUCUCUGGGAUCUCUCAGAUUUUGGAGAAAUACAGCAAGUGGAUAUAUAGCAUAUGAGACUGUGUAUAACCCGAAAAAACAUCGAUCUUUUUAUUGUAAAGUCUAGUGUUUUGUUUGGUUAUAGUGGGUCUUGAGGUUGUGUAUUAGCUGUUCGAGUGUGUUAAGGGAGUUAAUUAGGAUAUAUAGCCUCUAGUUUAGACCAGUUUGAAGCACAUUAUGUUUGUUUUGUCGUGAUUAUUAUUGUUGUUGUUUGUAGUG